GGGACCGCACACGGCCAUAAAAACACAUCCACCGCCUUCUCGUCAAACUUUAAGUCGGUGGCCCUACAUCCGACCGCGAUGCAUCUUCUGUUCCGCGUGCUCUUUUGUUUCCUCACAGCCGCCUCUGUGGCGGUGGCUGCAGCGCAGCAGAAGUGCGGUUCCAGGAGCGUGCAGUGGCGGGCUCCGAGGGUGGUGGGAGGCGAGGAGCCGCCCUUGGGAGCGGUGCCCUGGCAGGUGGACCUGCGGUCGGACGGAAGGCAUUCUUGCGGGGGCGCGUUGAUUGGUAGACGGCUGGUGGUGACUGCGGCGCAUUGUUUCGGGGAGGAUUUGGUUGCGGUUGCUGGGGCACAUGGGCCUCCAGGAUCCUCCCCCUACGAGCAACACCUGCGAGUGGAGAGAUUCAUCCCCCACCCCGACUUCAGGAAGCUAGGCCACUACUCUCACGACCUGGCCAUCCUGCUAGUCUCCACCCCAGGCUUCGAGAUCAGCAAGGCCGUGAAACCGGCCUGCUUGUCCAACACAGCGCCUAUCAGCUCUGGCACGUGGUGCGAGAUAUCCGGCUGGGGGAUUGUUGAUCCCCUGAACUCCACGUCCUAUUCGUCGGUAUUGAAGUCUGCUGCAGUGCCUGUGAUAUCUCUGGACACUUGCAGACGCAAAUCUGUCUACGGGGGACAGCAACAACAGAUACUAGACUCGAUGUUAUGCGCGGGUUAUUUGAAGGGGGGUAUUGAUGCCUGCAUUGGGGACUCUGGUGGGCCUUUGAUGUGCGAUAUUGAGGGGAAUUUGGAGUUGGCGGGAAUUAUUUCUUGGGGUGAAGGGUGCGCGAAGAAGAAUCGACCUGGAAUUUAUACGAGGAUUUCCAGUUUUUUGCCGUGGAUCAAUGAUGUAGCUGCCAAUGUGGGAGUUGAUUUGUGAUGAAAAAUGAUGAGAUAGAUGUUGUGAUGAAGCUUUAAUUUAUUAUAUGUUGAAUUUAAUUUCGUUUUGUUUCCAUGAGAAAUGAAUGACUGUGAAGCAGUAGAACUAUUCAUUGGUGUUUCAUUUUCACUGUUAACUCGAAUGCGAGCGUGUUAUUAAGGACCCUAGGACAUAAUACAUAUAGAAGUUU